GAUGUGGGCAGACUUGUACGGUCGUGUUUUAAUCCCUUGACUGAGAUCGUGGGCGACCUGAUACCUGUUCCUCAUUGUAGACUCUCCGCCCGAGGAGCCGGCCUUCGGUCCAGAGGCCAACAGGGCUGAGCCGGGCCGUCUAAACGCAGCCGCGAGUGCCGAUCCGUGCUGUACGCGGGGCGACGGCGUUUCCUAGGGGCGCAGCCCCGACUCCCCCUCCCCGGAGGUGGCUCCAUGCUGCCGGUAGCCUCCGCCGCCUCCUUCCCCCCUCAGCAAGAGGCAGGACGAGGAGGCGGCGUCCCCCCGGGGUUCCGCCUGAGAGGGACCCCAGUGGAGAGCAGCCAUCACGGGGCGCGGGAGGAGGAUGGCGAACCAGCUGGUGAUCCUCAAUGUCUAUGAUAUGUACUGGAUGAAUGAAUAUACCUCUUCUCUUGGAAUUGGAGUAUUCCAUUCAGGAAUAGAGAUAUAUGGCAGAGAAUUUGCUUAUGGUGGCCAUCCAUAUCCUUUUUCUGGAAUAUUUGAAAUUUCUCCUGGAAAUGCAUCUGAACUAGGAGAAACAUUUAAAUUUAAAGAAGCUGUUGUUCUUGGAAGUACUGACUUCAUGGAGGAGGAUAUAGAAAAAAUUAUAGAAGAACUUGGAAAAGAAUUUAAAGGAAAUGCCUAUCAUUUAAUGCACAAAAACUGCAAUCACUUUUCUUCAGCUUUAUCAGAGAUUCUUUGUGGAAAAGAGAUUCCUCGUUGGGUGAAUCGCCUUGCUUACUUCAGCUCCUGUAUCCCAUUUCUCCAAAGUUGCCUACCAAAAGAAUGGCUUACACCUGCAGCCCUUCAAUCUAGUGUAAGUCAGGAGCUUCAGGAAGAACUGGAAGAAGCAGAAGAUGCUGCAGUAGCAGCAUCUUCCCUGUCAAGCUCAGCAUCCGGGUCAAGAACAGGACAUCAUUCAAAAAUAUAAGUUCUAAAGUACUAUUAAAUUGGAGUCUUUGGAAGCCUUGUUAGUAACUGACUUCAUUAACAGAACUUUGGAGAGUGCUUCUUUGAAUAUGUCUUUGGUAUGCAAUUAGCUCUCCAGCUCAAGCCCUUGGUGUCUUCUGCUCAGGAUUUUAUAUGUAAUGAAAAAAUUUCUGGGAGAAAUGGGAAUUUGAGGUGGACGUGCUGUCUUUUGUCUGAUCAAUAGCCUUGGACUUACUGAACUGCUCGUUUACAGUAUUGUGUGCUGCUGUUUACAAGUCCCACAGGGACAUCUGCCAUUGAAAGGCAAUGCGUUAUUUAGCUCGAUUGGACCGUCAUAGUUUAAACAGCAUCUCUUCCAACUGUUGCUGAAAAUGGAGCAGGAAUUGUUGAAUACUGUGUGUAAACAGGGUACAUACUGAUCAAUAUAAAGUAAUCUGUCCUACGAAGCAAGGUUACUUUGAUAUAUAACUGAAAUUGUGUGUUCUUUAAAAUGUGACUGUCAGUUAAGUCAUGGUUUUUAACCACUUAUGAAGCGCAAAUUAGUAUUUUAUUGCAAAGCCUAGUGGAUUCAGCUAGAUUUCAAUCUUGUAAGUUAUUUUUGUAUUUUUUAUUUUGGGGUUUUGGGUUUUUUUAAAAAAAAAUCUAAACGUUUUGUCAUGGAGAUUUGAAAAAAACAUUCUGAACUUCAGCAGAUUUCUGAGUCCUCCGCAGUGCCUGUUUCACAUAAUUUAAAAAUGUGGAGCUAUAAGAUACAGAUGGAAUACAUAAUUGAUUGGUUGACAUUUUCCUAUAACAUUAGGCAACAUAAUUCAGAAAACGUUAAUUCAGCCCACAGUUGCAAUGAGUUGUGAUUUUUUAAAAUAGAGCUAGUUUUCUCAGUUGCAAGAAAUAUGAAGGUCUCUUCUAACCCACUGUGUUAACAAGAACGGACCUUGUUAUAAGUAAGUCAUCCACAUGUGUGCCCAGUGACACUACUUUUUAAUUCUGCUAAUCUAUCAUGACAGUAUACUCUAUAAGCUAUAAAAAAAUUAAGUAAAAUUAUUGAGACAGUAAAGGGAUUCCAUCUAUUUGGUGGCUUUCUCAUGGAGGUAUUGUGUGUAUACAGCCAUGGUGGCACCAAAUUGGAACGGACUUCAGAUUUGCAUUAUGUAUGCUGUCUUAAGGAUCUUCCAGUUAAAUGGGAAAAGGUCAACUGAAAAUAAUGUAUAAACUGAUCUGCUAGUUCAUAGAAAUCUGCAUUGAUGAACAAAAUAUAAAUCUUGCAUGUGCUAUUUAUGUUGCCUGGUUUGCUGAUACCAUUUAAACUGGAGAUAGCUUUGGUGCAGAUAUCAAAAACGACGAGCCUGAAAAAAAUAGGGCUGAUAAAGUGAUAUUAUGUAUCAUACAUUUAUUUUACAAAUGUAAAUUCCUAGACAGCAAAAUGAUCAUAUGGUUUUUGAUUAUCUACAUUUUCAACCACUUCAAUUUAUAUACUGGUGCCAAUUAAGUCCUCGUAUGUUCCAUGUUGACAAACACAGAUUGAGAGUUCCACACUCAGAACAUGAUUCCUAGGUGUAUACAACAACCCUGUACACAGUGGAGAGAGGGAGCCCCCCUGCACAAAAUUUUCCUGAUCUGAAAUGGCCAUAGUAUAGUACUGUUUGCCAGUGCUAGAGAAAUGUGUGCCUAGCCUAUUAGUACAUCUAAGAUUCCUCAACAUAGUAAAUAGAGAGCUCCCCAAGGCCAUUUCAGGACAGGAUAACAGCACUGGGCAGGGGUGAGGCAUCAGUUCCUUGUCCCCCAUAUACCACUGUCACUGAUUGAAUCAAGCCCAAGAACAUAAUUAAAUCUCAAGCACAGAAGUCUCAGCAAAAAUCUCAUCAAUAGGUCUGUGGUAGAGGACUUUGUAAUGUGUGGGUUGCCCUUACUGUGAAAUCCUAAACAGAGUUACUCCAGUCUAAGCCCAUUGAAAUAACUGUUUUUUAAAGGGGAACUUGAUGUAAAAGCUGCUUUAUUACAUAAAAUACUAUUAUGUAAAACCAUCCCGUUAAAAGUAAAUUAAUUCUCCACGAUGUAAUAUGUCGAGAGUGUUUAGAAUUUAGCAACAAAAAAAACCCCUUGUCUUAACAGUGCCAUUAUCAUUGUAAUUGAAACUUUUUAUUUUGUAACUGUUCAGCAUAACCCAAUACUCAAAGCUGUUUAACUCUACUUUGGGUUAGAUCUUAAAGGGCCAUGAAUGGAUGGAGUUGGUAGAAGGGAUUUUUGCUCUCGUGAUCCCUCUUCCCAAUUCAGCCUCCUGUGCAUGUCCACAAGCGACUCCUGAGUGGGGACAACAGGAAGUGUGUGGAAUGUAGCAUGAAGGGCUGCAGUCAGAAGAGGAAAUCAGCAGAAACCAUCUCUUGACCUUUUGCACAAGCUCUUCCAUGAUUUUAACAAGAGGGAGGGAAAUAUUUCUGCCAGUUCCCUCUUUCAGUUGCAGCCCUUCAUACUGCAUCCCAUGCUAUUUCUGAGGCUGGCCUAAUGCCUUAGAAGUGGCUUUUCAAGGAGUGCUAGAGCCUGCAGUGUGAAGGGAAAAUCAGCAUAAAUCCUUUAUGAAGUCACUCUAUGGCAAUUUAGGAGCCAACUACUUUCUUAUACUGACUUCCUGAACUGAGAUUUUGAAAAUUCUUUUCUAUGAAGUGUUGCUGGAUUAUAUAAAAUAGCUAACUAGUAGCAAAACAUAAGACAAUUUUUUUCUGCUAUAACUAUGGUAGAAAUGAUAUUUUGUGUUUCAGAUUGAAGCUGAUGAAAUUCAGAUUCUAGCAAUACAAGCUCUGGUUCAAACACCUCAUUGCUCUGUGAUGCACAUAACUAUUCCAUAUAAAAUCAUAUUGGAAUUGUCCUCCCCACCAGUAAACAGACAGUCCUUGUAGUUCUUUAUGGAGCUGCUGGAUUAGGUGACUCUGUAGAUUUUCAUAACAUUCCAGGCAAACUUGAUGAAGCAAUUUAAUCUAAAUCAAAUUUCUAGGAAACAAUUGAUUUUGUUCUGGUAAUCCUAACAACACGAUACUUAUACAUUUUACAAUUUCAUAACAUAAACCACUAGGACAUGUAAGAAUUGCAAGGACAUACUUAGCACAGGAACUAAAAGCUAAUAACUUGAUGGAGCAUUCAUUUUAUUGGACUUUCCCAUUAUUUCUUUUUGAUCCAUAUAUUAGUGGUUCUACAUCAUGAACAAACAACAUCUGAACCCUGAAGUUGAUGCCACAUUUUAAGUAGUGAUGGUACCUUUGUACUUUACCACUUUACCGCUAUGUACUCUCCACUUGAUUCCUUAAAGCAGAAAAGCAACCCUGCCAAAGGCUGUUCUUGUAUGUUAGCAAUAGUUCCAGUUACCUUUCACCAGCAUUACUACACAGCAGGGAGCACUCUGUCUACAAUGGCCAUAUUGUGAGUUAAAAACUAGAACGCUCCUCUCAGCUAAGAGAAUACUGGAUAUCUGUGGAGAUUUUUCCAACCAAAACGGGUAGAAGAAAUACGUUCAGGGUUCUCUAAUCUGUUCAGUUUCCUGUACUUGAUUUUUUAAAAGUUGAUUAGUAUACUUUUGUUUGUCUAACGAAAGCCAUUUUUAUUAAGAUGCCACUUUUAUUCAGGAAGCCAAAAAAUGAAUACUACAUACUGUCAGUGAGCAUCAAUAAUUUGAGAGUAGUUUCAUUAUAAGAAUGAAUGCAGUGUGUUUCUUAUUGAAAACAUGCAGUUCAGUUUUAAUCACAACUGAUACAUGAAUUUUCACUUUUAGAUGGUUAAAGGUAAUGAAUCUUCACUGAUACUUUUUUGUAAACUUGAAGUCAAGUUUACUGUAAUGCAUAGUAUUUGAAUGAAAUAGAGAAUAUUGACUUUUGUUACUUUGAUAUGUCAAAUGAUCAUAGACUUGAAUCCAUCCAUUUAUUAAAGAGAACUC